UGUGUUAUUAAUUAUGAUCAAGUUGUGACACUAGCCUGUCGAGCCUGCACUGAUUGGCCGAACCCGCGUGACGUCACCCGGGGUGGCUCUAGAAGGUGGGGGCGCACGCGGAAAUAUACCGUAGAAGCUACUUUUUGGCUGCAUCAUGCCGAUUAAUUUAUGGAGAAUCCUCGUUGUUCAUCUCGUUGUUAUAAUUGUCUGUUGCCUCGCGUUCAUGAGGAACCCUGAAAACAACAUAGAAAUACCCGCAAUCGCCAAAUAUUUCAGCACGAAAGGGAGGUAUGAGGAAGUGAAUCCGUAUCUCAUAGAGGACAUACUCGCGGUAAACAGAUCUGUCCUGCAGCCACCGUCCGCACAAUGUCGCGAGGUUCAUCUGACCGCUAUAAUAAGACACGGCACACGAUACCCGACGGGAAAAAACGCCAAGAAGAUGAAGAAGUUCUACGACCUGGUCAUGAGCAGCGCCUCGGGCAAAAACAGCUGGCUGCGUGAAAUCCAGACCCAGUGGAGGAUGUGGUACACCGAGGACAUGGACGGGCGACUCGUCCAGAAAGGCGUGAGCGACCACAAGCACCUGGCCGUCAGGCUGUCCAAGCUGUUCCCCUCGCUGAUCUCUGAGGAGAAGCUUCGAGGUGGAUUCAUCAAAUUCAUGACCAGCUCGAAGCACAGAUGUGUCAACAGCACCCUGUCGUUCCAGGCGGGACUCAAGGAGCUGUGGCCCAAUGAAGAUUUAGAGCUGGACUAUGACGUGAAUGAUGCUCUGAUGAGGUUUUUUGACAAGUGCACCAAGUUUUUGCAGGAAGUUGACAACAACCCGUCAGCCUUGAAAGAAGUGGACCUGUUCAAGCAGGGACCAGAGAUGAGGAGGGUCCAGCAGAAGAUAGCAGACCGCCUCAACGUCCCGUACAAAGACGUCACAGAUGAUAUGGCUGAAGCAGCAUUUCACUUGUGUGCUUACGAGUUUGCCAUUAAGACCGUGAACUCACCGUGGUGUCAACUCCUGGAUGAGGUCGAUGCACAGGUUUUGGAGUAUGCAAAUGACCUGAAGCAGUUCUGGAAAAGAGGCUAUGGUUACGAGAUUAACAGUAAAUCCAGCUGCAUUCUCUUCCAUGAUGUGUUCAGCCGACUGGACAAAGCUGUCAAUGAGAUUAAUUCUGGCCAGGAGGUGAGUGAAGUUGUGACAGUGCAGGUCGGCCAUGCUGAGACGCUGCUGCCGCUGCUAACCCUGCUGGACUUAUUCAAGGACAGCGAAGCCCUGAUGUCCACCAACUACGCCACACAGGCCCGCCGCGCCUUCCGCACCAGCCGCAUGUUGCCCUACGCAGCCAACUUACUCUUUGUGCUGUACGACUGCGGAGGAGGAGAUCUGAGACUGCAGCUGCUGCUAAACGAGAAUCCCUUGACCUUCCCUGGUUUGACGGACCAGACGGCCUCCAUACCGCUUUACCAGGACGUCAGGGAGCGCUACGGGGAACUGCUCCAAGGCUGUGACUUUGAGGAUGAGUGUCAGCUGUUCAAGCAUCCCGCUGAGCUUUAAAAAGAUGGUGUAUUCUGUGAAAGCAAGCUUUACAGGAGAUUUAUUGUAAUUGUAUAGCAAAGUUAAAAUUGUGUUUGUGAUGGGCAGCUGUGAAUCCAACCAUCCCGCCUGUAUCCAGUCUCUGGUCCAACCAUCUUGGAGCCUGUGCUUUGUUGUUGCUGCUGUGCUUUUCUCUCUCUCCUCACCCCAACCGGUCGAGGCAGAUGGCCGCUCACAUCCAGCCUGGUUCUGCUGGAGGUUUCUUCCUCAUUAGAGAGGGAGUUUUUCCUCUCCACUGUUGCUGUCAAAUUAAAGGCUUGCUAUGUGGGAUCUGUUGGGUUUAGUUGUGUAAGGUCUUAAACCUUACUUUGUAAAGUGCCUUGCGAUAAUUUGUUGUGAUUUGGUGCUACAUAAAUAACAAAAUUGAAAUUGAAUUAUUUAUAAUGGGAGAGGAAAACUAUUUAUAAUCCAAAGAAAUUAAAUUUCAAGUUUACAAGUUCCA